ACACAAAAAAAAAUCAAUACUCUCCUCUGUCACAUUAUGAGAAAUCAGCCGAUGUUUGUGUUUAAAAAAAAGGAGAAGGAAUCAGCCGAUGGGAGAAGAAUCGACCGAGCAGCUUCUCUGUAUUUUGACAAAUCCUCCUCCUCCUUCUUUUGAUGUCACGCUCGCCGUCCAACCACCACCACCACACCAUGUUUCGAUCCUCUCUCUCUCUAUCUCUUUGUUGGGUUUCGAAUCUUACCUCAUCCCGAUCUGUCGAAUAUGAUUCUCAGCCAAAAAGACUUCUCCUUUAUCUUUUCUUGGAGGAUUAACGUUGCGUUUACUUUCGUUUUUUUCAUCAGGCGUUCACAGUUGAAAGCUUGAAAAUGGUGUGGUUUCCAGCUGGUUCUAGAGUGAAGAGGAUUGCUGUUCAAAUGAUCCUUAAUCAGUUGAAAGUGCUAAUGGUUGUAGAUUGUGGGAGAUGGAUAUCUCGAGAGACGAAUGCUAGAAAUGAACAGGAAGAGAUUAACGAUGAUCACUUUAGGAGGUGAUGCAGAGCUCGAGCUUGUGGACUCGCUGGACCCUUUCUCAGAAGGUGUGGUGUUCAGUGUGAGACCUCCUAAGAAGAGCUGGAAGAACAUUGCAAACUUGUCCGGUGGUGAAAAGACACUUAGCUCACUCGCACUAGUCUUUGCACUCCAUCACUACAAGCCUACACCACUAUACGUCAUGGACGAAAUCGACGCUGCUCUUGAUUUCAAGAAUGUAUCAAUCGUUGGACACUAUGUGAAGGACCGUACUAAAGAUGCUCAGUUCAUUAUCAUCAGUCUGAGGAACAACAUGUUUGAGCUAGCAGAUAGAUUGGUGGGAAUAUACAAAACAGAUAACUGCACAGAGAGCAUUACUAUCAACCCUGGAAGCUUUUCAGUUUCUCAGAAAACGUCUGCUUAAGUCUACCAAAUGAACAACAUCUCUACAUGAACCAAUUUUUCUUUUUGGUGUAUGCUUGUAUUAACAAAAUCAUUGUAUUGUAAUGGUUUCUUUGUGUGGUGUUUUUCUACUGUUAGUUACAUUUGCUUGCAUCAUUUUCUAAAUGAUGGAAUUAACAAUAUCGGUAGUUUAAGUUAUAUAACCUAAAGUAUGUUUGUAUA